GCCACCUCGCCCCUUACAACCGCCAAAACCAACCCAACCUGACCCAACUCAAUUCACUCGACCUUACUUGACGCCCACCCUGGCAUCCUAUCUCUCCUCCUCGCUCCCACAAGAUGCGAUGACCAUGUUUCGUCUGCUGAGACGACAGCCUUGCGCUCAAUGGAUGGCAGCGGUCCCCAGACCGAGUUGGCGCCCCACCCCUGACUCGACCUUCAUGCUCUUCAGAGCAUCAUCCUGGAGCUCGCAAUGUCUAGGAAACUCUGCCCUGUGGACUUCGUCCGCGACGAGAGGUCUGGGUCGGCCUCUAGUCAUAAAACGUCGGGCAAGGUUCAUAGUCGGCAAGGGAGUCCUUUAUUCGACAUCUAAGGAGCCGGCAGAGAAACAAAGAGCAGAACCUCCUGAGCCCAGGAAACCUCUCCUCGAGGUCCUUACUCAGCUCACCCCACAUGAGAACAUCUAUACGGUUCCGAACAUUCUCACCUUUUCUCGCCUCAUCGCAGCCCCGGUCAUAGGCUACCUGGUGCUUCACGACUACCACGCCUGGGCUGUUGGCUUAUUUGCCUAUGCAGGCAUCACGGAUCUCGUGGACGGCUACAUCGCCAGGCGAUGGAACCUUCAGACUGUGGUCGGCACAAUCAUUGACCCCAUGGCCGACAAAACGCUCAUGACUAUAUUGACUGUCUGUCUGGCCAUCAAAGGAGCUCUCCCAGUCUGGCUGGCAGGAAUCAUUCUUGGUCGUGAUGUUGGACUGGGCAUCGCAGCAAUUUAUUAUCGAUGGAUAUCACUGCCUCCUCCCAAGACAUUUUCUAGAUACUGGGACUUUUCACUUCCCUCGGCUGAAGUGCAUCCCACCACGAUAAGCAAAUAUAACACCGCUUUGCAACUGGCCUUGAUUGGAGCCACAACGGCCAUGCCGUUGUUGACCGUUGAUGUCAGCACAGCAAUGAAAGCCAUGCACUAUCUGGUGGCUACAACAACUAUCUGGAGUGGGGCGAGUUACAUAUACACGAAGGACGCUGUUAAAAUACUCAGUAACGAAGCCGAAAAGAAGGACAAGAGACCCGAAGACGGGGAAUAACGCAUGUAUUUGACCUACCUGUAAAAUACAAAUUAAGAUAAUCGGAUCUUAUUUCGAACCAUUCGAGGUAUUUAUUGCUGCACUCUUAAUCGACAAGCAAUUGGGAAAGUGGUAUUGCUUUGCUUUCCUUGAAAAUACUCGGCGCGGUGAUAACAGGGAGGUUGAUUGUUUUGUGUUACCAUAUUCAUCCAUCGUUAUGGGGCUGUGGAAAUGUACACAUGGCAACAGCACUUAUCAAUAUCUGCC